CCAACAUCUCCACACCCACGCGCGCCAUCCCAUUCCUCCCUCCCUCUCCCUCUUCCUCUCCGUCUCUCCCAACCCUCUCCCCCACCCCCCAUCUGCUGCACUCCUCCUCGGCUGCAUUGCUGCUGGGCUUCCACUCCUUCGUGCGUCUUUUCAUUUGACCUGCUCGCCCGCCUGCCUGCUGUCGUCGGUCCAUCCCUCUCCGUCUGUCUCCUGCAGUUCUCUGCCCUCCACAUUCGGCCUCUUCACUGCACCCUUCCUCCCAUCGUCCCGCAUCAAACCAGCGACCCGACCACUCUCGCCCCGUCGCCAUGGCCUACUACAACGAUCCCUCUUCUUCCUGGUCUGCCCCUGGCCGCCAGUCGUCCUGGGAGCAGCCUGCACCUCCUUCCCGCUCUGGUGCAAGCUCAACUGUCAAUCGUGAGGAAGCCAAUGCGUUUGCCAAUCAGUUCGAGGAAGUCGAGCGUGCUACCGAGAACCUCCACAAGAGUGGCGUCGGAAAAGGCUUCGGUCCACCCCCAAUGUACAACAGCCGCCGCGAAUCCAUGCCUCCAAUGGCCGCUGGCCCGGGCCCAUUCCCCGAUUAUAGCCAAAACCGCAUGGGCGGCCCGCAACGCCAUCAUUCCGUGAGCGAGUACGACGGAGCUCGCUCCCACUCGGCAUCCAACGUGCAGGGCUUCUACCAGAACCAGCGCUUCGCCCCUCGCCCCAACGAUGCCGAUCAAAUGCAGCAGGCCAAACGUCGCAUGGCGGCCCAGCGUGAGCGUGAGCUGCGCAACUAUCACCAAGAGCAGCAAUAUCACAGAAAUGUUUCUGGGUCCAAAUCCGACCGUUCGAUGAGUCCCAAUGCGAUGAGUGAAGAGGACCGCCGCGAGCUCAUUGCCCGUCAGCACCGCGCCCUUUAUGGCGAUAACUCAUCCUUGUACAAUAACAACAAUCCCACUUCGAGCCAGGACGUGCGAGUUUCUGGCGCUGGCCGUAACCCUUCACCUUUGGCUUUUGAUCCCUUUGGCAUGCAACCCUCCAAUGCCUCUGGCGAAGGUCCGGUUCAGAUGCCUCCCCGCGGUGACAAGGAUACCACGGCCGGAGCUCAAGAGGCCCGUGCCAACGCCAACUCUUCUCCCUCUUCAAACCAAAACCCAUCCUUUAGCCUCUUUGAUAGUUCUCAGCAAGCGAAUCGCACCUCCAACUCUUCUCCUGGCGGCGGAUCUCCUCCUCACCAAGGUCCAAAAGCCAAUGGGUCCGGUGUUGCGCCCAUCGGCACACGCCCUGCUGUUGGCCAAGGGCAACCCACCGGUGCUUCAAUGGGCAAGCGUGCGACGACGCCCCUCCCAUCCCCGCUCGGUUACACUUCUUUCAAUGCUGGCGAGCAGAACAAGAACACGAUUGCUACGACCUCUGCUGCUUUGAACCCUUCUUCUACGGUGUCUGAUAACAAGGGUGGUGUCGGCAUGUGGAACAAGGGACCUUGGGGCAACACAUCCAACCAGGGCGUUCAGGCCUCGGUUUGGGGCUAG